AUGGCGGACAGGUUGUCGGUGCCAGUGCGCCCGAUAAACAUGAGAGAUUCUAAUAACUUGAGCGAGUCUCCCACGGAAUUAUGUGACGAUUGUCUGCAAGGAAGUAAGGAUGAACUGGAACCGGGAUAUAUCGAGGAUCGAUUCCGUGUUGACAGGAAAAAGUUGGAGCAAAUGCUCCAAGGUCACCUGGAUGAUGAUGAAGAAUCAGCAGAGGAGUUCUUUCAGCGGAUUAUGGAUGAAACUAAUACUCAGAUAACAUGGCCCUCCAAACUCAAGAUUGGUGCCAAGUCAAAGAAGGAUCCACACAUAAAGGUGAUAGGAAACCCGGAUGAUGUGAAGGCUGCCAAGGACAGCAUCAUGACCAUUUUAGACACAAAAAGUAACCGUGUAACAUUGAAGAUGGAUGUAUCACAUACAGACCACUCCCAUGUGAUAGGCAAGGGAGGUAAUAACAUCAAACGUGUCAUGCAGGAGACCGGAUGUCACAUACAUUUUCCAGAUUCAAACAGAGGCAACAAUGUACAGGAGAAAAGUAACCAGGUAUCUAUAGCAGGACAACCAGCAGGAGUAGAAUCUGCUCGGGCACAAAUUAGGGAACUGUUACCAUUGGUGUUCAUGUUUGAGUUACCUGUGUCUGGAGUCCCACAGCCCCUUCCUGACGCCUCGUCACCUACAAUUCAGCAACUUCAGCAGCAGUAUAAUGUCGUCAUCAGCUUCCGUCAGCGACCUCGUGUCUUUGCAACGACGGUGAUUGUGAGGGGCUCUGUAUGUAACGCCAAAUCUGUCAAGGAAGGUACAGCAAGCCUUAUGGAACACCUAACAAGCAAUGUAUCUGCACCACUGCCGGUCAGUAUGCAGCUGGAAAUUGCCCCACAGCAUCACUUAUUCAUCAUUGGCCGAGGUGGUAUGAAUGUUAAACAGAUUAUGACAAGAACUGGGGCGAGUAUCCACUUCCCUGACCCUACAACAGUAACACCCCAAAGAAAGGGCACCUUUUAUAUCACUGGGAACAUAGAAAGUGUAUUCCUGGCACGGCAACACCUCAUUGGUUGUCUCCCCUUGGUACUUAUGUUCGAUGUAAAAGAUGAAAUUGACAUGGAUCAAGCACGUAUAACACAAUUAAUGGAACAGCUUGAUGUAUUCAUCAGUGUCAAACCCAAACCUAAACAACCAAGCAAGUCUGUGAUAGUGAAGAGUAUAGAGAGGAAUGCCCCCAAUAUGUACCUGGCCAGACUGACCAUGCUAGGACUGAAGAGGGAUGACAAAGCCUACCCUAUCACUAAGGCUGUAGAUGCAGACACAGGAAUCCUUCAGAACAAUGGUCUCGGACUGUCUACUCUAGGCUUUCUCAGUCAAAACCUGCUGUCUGUCAACACCACGAAUGCACUGCUGAUGCGCAAUGGAAGCCCUGGUGGACACUCAAGCCCCAAUUCCGUCCCAAGUCCUCAGAAUGUGAAUGUCUCCUGUAGUAGUCCAAAUCACUGGGUAACACCUCCUCCAGGGAUCUAUGGUCCAAUGGUAGUCCUGAAUUCGUCCACAACAUGUUCCGUCCAGAACCAGCUUGAUCUCAUUACCCAGUGUGGUGAGCUUCAUAACAAGGACCUUUCACAGAAUGGAUCCUUCAUCAAUGUGCCUACAUCCACUGACCAGGUGACAAGCACCACAGCCAGUAAUAACAACAGUCCAAGCCGAAGUCCUUGUGAGAGUCCAAUCAGUAUGGGACAAAGUGCCUCUCCAGUUGAUCUAGCCAGCCUACAGAAAGCCAAUGCCUUCGGUAAUUUGAUCACCCGUGAAACAUCACCAUCAGGGAGCUGUCACACCCUCGACCUGCUAGGACUUAGUAAGACUGUGGGCGGCCACUCCUCACUCUUUAGGGACAAUGGGAUGGGACGACCCACACUGGACAACAACUUGUCACCCCUACAGAAUGGGGAGCGAUCGUCCGAGUCAGGGGCAGAGUCUGAUGGGUCAGAUAAGCUAGCUCCUGGCAUAGAGCGAAAGAACUCCAACGCAAACCUGUUCCCAACAUGGAAUAUGAACACGGACUAUGAACAGAGGAAACUGAUGGCUAACAAAGCGAUGCAGAAAAAGCCAGAAGGAGAGUCUAGAAUUCCCACUGACUAUUGGGCAGGUAUGGGUUUCUCCAAGUCCAUGCCAGAGUCUGCUAUCAGAGAAAAGUUUGGCAAGCGAUUUGAAAAUAACCAGUACACCGAGCCGACCAUGGCCACCACAUACGAGUCUCCCAAUGAGGGUUGUGAAGAGGAGGAGGUUGACAGAGAUCCUUGGAGGGAUUCAGUACAGCAGGCAAACAAACCUAUCAAUCCUGCCCCAGGGGAGUACCCAAGUCCCCGUAAAAAGUAUGAAGUAUCACUAAGUAGCAGUAAUUAUGUGGACAGUGCCUGUCUACCAUCAGUCAAGAAUCUCUGGGCAGUCAAAACUGACAUCGCAGAACUCUUCAGUAAACUUGGACUUGGGAAAUACACGGACUUAUUCCAACAGCAGGAGAUUGAUCUUGCGACGUUCCUGACCUUGACAGACCAAGACCUGAGGGAACUGGGUAUUUCCACGUUUGGCGCUCGCAGAAAGAUGCUUCUAGCCAUUACAGACUUGAACAAAGGUCGUGCUGAACUGAAUACGGACAAGGUUCCAAACCAUACACCAGAGAAAGUCCCUCCUGGGUUUGCUCCUCGUCACAAUGCCAACCUUCCUGGUAAACACAUGGACACCAACCACCCCCUACUUGCGUCACGGUCAAUCACUGGUCAGCGUAACAGUACAUCUUACGCGGAAAAUGAAGGACCCGUAUUUCCACAGCGAGCCAUCACAGGGAAGCAGUUCUCUGAUAGUGAUAGUCUGCACUCUGGUAUAGCCUUACACAGUUCCAGCUCUAGUCUCCGAAACUCUGAUGCAGGGCUCCAUGGGAUAGGACUGCACCGCACCAGUCCCCUAGGGGGCCUUCAUCACAGUGGCACACUUCACAGUUCCACUUCCAGUCUACAUGGAUCUGGUCACCUGACCAGGAAGAGUGCACAUUUCCUCGAUGGAAGUGGCCCUCGACAGAUCACCGGUGGCUUCUCUAGCAGUGGUGUGUUUUCCUCCGAGGGAUUUGGCCAGGGUCUCACUGGUCGUCAGAUCACACGUGGGCUGAGUGCUAGCUUUCAGGAAGGCCUAUCCCACCAACAGCUGGCCACAACGACCAGUAGUCCCUUCAUAGACACUACAUCUACACGCCCUGUCCAGCGAAACUCACGCUCAGACCUUGCAAAUCUGAGUGCACGCUGGUGAUCACAAAGACAAAAUCUGUACAGUUACUGACUUUUAGUUAUUACUCAAAAAGGGAAGACUAUCUUCAAAUGUUACUUUAAAAUAAGAUGUAUUUAAAAUAUGUCAGUGGUUAGUACUCCUGUGGAUGUUACCCAAAUUAUGUCAGUUACUCAGGGUAAGGUUAAUGAUGUAUCGUACUGGGAUGAUUGAAAGUCUAGAGAUCAUGUAUCAGUGUUUACUCCAUCAAGGCAUCCUACAAGGGAGCAAUACCAGUAUACAUGUACUUUAUAGGCAUUUAAACUAACGAGGUUUGAAAGUUUUACAUUAAAUAGGAAAUUCUGUUAGUACUGAAACAUUGUCAUUGACACAUGAAAUGGAUAAGGGCCCUUCGGCUUAGCAUCCUGGCCCCAGUUGUUCAAAGCUUGUUAAGAGUUAACCAUUGGUUAGGGAAAAAUUUAUUUAUCACUAAAAAAGAGGACUUUUAAAGACAUUGAAAAUAUCAAUCAGACCUGUUUCAAAGAAAUCUACAACUGUGAGAUGAUCAGAAAUCUACAACUGUGAGAUGAUGAGAAAUCUACAACUGUGAGAUGAUCAGAAAUCUACAACUGUGAGAUGAUCAGAAAUCUACAACU